AAUUUAAUGUAGACCUGUUGUUUUGGUUUUAUCCACUUUUGGAUAAGCCCUCCCCGUCGCCCACUGCCAUUGCCUGAUACAUUCUUUCAGGCAAGAACCAUGGAGUUGGGAUCCCACACAGGAUUCACCAGUCCAUUCCCAUGCGCCUCCUUGUCUCCCAGAUGCCCGUACCCACCGGAAUCGAAGGCGUUCCGACCGGCGAGCCGCGGAUUCAGAGCAGUGUGUGGGGUUUCCAGGAGGAGAGCAGUUUCAGAGAUGGCAUUUCUGGGCGCCGCGGCCUCUUGCGUGAAUCUCCUCGCCAUGCCCAUCCCAGCGCAAGCAGCAAUGCAGGAGCCUGAUGUUAUUAGGUACAGAAAGCUGGACAGUGGAGUAAAGCUUGAAGAUGUCGUCGAGGGCGAGGGGCCGGAAGCUCGGGAAGGUGAUCUAGUGCAGUUCAAUUACGUCUGUCGCCGUGCAAACGGUUAUUUUGUGCAUAGCACGGUGGAUCAGUUCAAUGGCGAGAGUAAGCCUGUGACACUCCCACUCGACGGAGGAGAGAUGAUUCGAGGCCUCAAAGAUGUCAUAAUCGGCAUGAAGGCUGGAGGCAAGAGGAGGGCUUUGAUACCUCCUGAGGUUGGCUAUGUAGAUGAGAGCUUGCAGCCCGUACCAGAGGAGUUUGGACCACGCCGGAGCCUGCUGUCGCACGCCAAGGAACCGCUGGUGUUUGAGGUUCAGCUCCUCAAGGUCCUGUGAUAAUCAUCUCAUCAACAGAGGUCAAUGCAGAUAGAAGCUCUUCUAUAUCCGAAGAGAACCGCACAGUUUUUCCUUUUUACCCUGAAGUACUCCUUCGUUCUAAUUUCUUCCUGAACAUUUCUUUUUUUGUUUGAUGACAACGCAUUCAGCAAGUUGAAUGAAAGGAAGAGACGAGGGGUUGCAUUAUGAUUUUUCAUCAGAAAAGCAUUGGCAAUUACUGCU